GAUUUUCUUCUAGACACUCUCAGUCAGUGGAGACUCGGCUGUCACAAUGGCUUCCUUGGAGCUCUCGCAGCACACCAAUGCGGUGGAGAAGUUUCACCAUUUUGACCGUGGCAGUCCAUGCAAUUACUCUAGAUGAACUACACUGCGGACACGACUUAUUUGCGAACCACCUGGAGGUAGCUCGAGACUUCUACUCUUUUCGCAACGACCUCUAUCGCUACAAGCCCUACGAGUUCGAAGACCCGGUGAAUGGCUAUCCAGAGGAGGUCCCCUUCUCUCAUUUACUUCGUGAAGAUGCAGACACACACAUCCAAGCCUGUCCAGAAGCUGUUGCCUUGGAGAUGCUGCUGAAUGCAGAACGACAUCUCUCACUUUUGGCCCGUACGACUCGAACAUCGGACGUUUAUGGAAAUGCCACGGAGGCGUGCAGGAACCAUCAAUUCUUUCAUGAGCUGUACAACACCAUUCCGUUCAAGGAGACGUACAAGGACUUGCUACAGGCAGCCUCCGACCACCUGAUGACAACCUGGCAUCGUCUUGGCUUUCAAGUGGAGAAGUUCUGCGGCCGGAUCAAGGAUUCCAAUGUGGUGCGACCGAGAAUAGGUGAAGUGGAGGUGCACCGGAGGUGCACCAGCCGUGGAAAAGAGGGUUUCGAGAAGAUCCAGGGAGACUCGAUGAGCGGUUGCCGAGUUGAAGGCUUGUGGAAGGAACUACCAGAGGAGUUGCAUCGGCGGACGACCAGACACUUCGAAGCACCGGAAGUGCGUGCUGCCACACGCUGGGUUCCGCGAGGCUACCUCGCCAAACUCUACAACUCCAGCGUCAAAUUCUACUCGGAGACGUGCGAUGUGCCUUUCUUGGACUACCAUCCGUUCCCAAUGGCAACUCUCACAGCUUGCAAAUACUGCAUGAUGGGCUCCAUGUUGAAUUUGCAGCCGACGGACAAGCUCUUUGAGCUGGGCGGAGGUUGUGGCUUAGGGUCCGCUUGGUUGGCCUCAUUCGGUGCCCAGGUGACCAUGAUGGAUCUUUUUGACCACCACUUGGAGGCCGCAGAGAAGCUGGCAAACGAGGUUGGACUUAAGAUUUCCUUGCGGCAAGGCAAUGUGGCGGAGCUGGAUGCGUAUCCAGACGAGUCUUUUGAUGUGGUGGUGGUGAAUGGCGCCAUGAACUAUCUGGGGUCUGCAGCCGCUCCUUGUGCCAUCUUCCGGCGGCACUAUCUCCGAAUGCUUCGACCUGGAGGAGUGAUGUGGUGGGGUGGCCUCAACAAUCCGUUCCUUGAUGACCUUUAUGUAAUCGGCGUUGAAGGAUGGAGCAAAUGCUUUCAAAGCUUGGCGGAUGCUGGCAUGGUGACUUAUACCUUGUUCUCUGAACUGGAAGUUCUUGGCGUUGCCGAAUCCUUUGACCAGCGCGAGUUGAGCUUGAUGCUGACCAAGCAAAAGCCAACAAAAUCUGUGGGCAGCUCCGUGGCUGAGGAGGUGGAUCGUGUGACCGCUGAAGUUAUUGAGAUCUAUGCUUGUGGUGCCGAGAAGGGGGAGCCUUCGAACACGGAGGUACUUGAGGCCGAGCUUCCCGAUGUACCAUGGAGAAGCUUCUUGCGGCGUAGCUAUGUCGCAGGAGCUUCCUAUUGGCCUUGUGUGGAGGAACGCCUCAAACAAAAGCCUGAAGCAACUCCAAUGGGAUUUCCAAUGUGGACCAUUCAAGGCUUUGCCUCUGUCCUGGAGACACAGCACGUGAUGAACUUCCUCAACUCCAGGGCUUUGCCUCCUCAGCCCAACCAGGAGCUUUGGGUGAAUGACAUGAUUGUGCCCACAGGAACAGACGCAGUCUUGGAUGACUUGGAGAUGCGCCUGGAGGAGUUGGGCCUUCCGGCCAGCCACUCUGAUCCCUGGCACAUUUUGAGGUACGAGCCUGGCUAUCGUGCGCAUUUCAAGCACACAGACUGCAAUGUGGAGCAUGGAGACCCUGAGAACGAUCGAUAUGUCACAGUAUUGAUUUGGCUUUCAGAUUGUUGGAACUCCACUUCUCUUUGCAGCGCUGUCAGAACAUCUGAAACUGGUGUGGACGAUUUGGCGGAUGGCGCAACUGUCUUCCCCCACUACGGGCUACGCAUGCGCAUGCCGCGAGGUGGCUUGGUGCUGUACAGCAAUCUGAUGGAAGGUCGUUGCUCUCUUUCCUCUGAGCAUUUUGCUGCUGCGCUGGAUUCAAUGGCACCAGUGAAGGUGGUGCUGCAAAAGUGGUUUUACGCUGCUCCAGUGGAACCUAGCACACCAAAAGUCCCACUGGCGGUGUGCGACAGAGGACCACGUGCGCAGUGCAAGCAUUUCUUUAUGCCCCCUGAGGGAAUGGGAGCACAGAGAGUACAGGAUGCUCUCGCAAGUCUGCAGUGGCUUAUGGGCAAGUCCGAUGAGGGCAGUGCCGAUCAGCAGGUGCAGCUCAUCAUAUCUUCACGUGAGCUACAAGAGCUGAGGGAUGCAUUGGAGCAUCAGGUUGUUGGGAGUUCCUUGGGGCAGUCGCCUCAUUGGUAUGCCAUGUUGGUACUAAGCAACAUGGAGAUGCUGGCUAUGCAGUUCGGCGCCACGGAGAAAGCUCCGUUGCCACGGCUGCGCGCUGCGCUGAAGCGAUGCCCCAGCUGUAUUGAGGUCAUCAAGAGUAACCUGAGGCUGCAUUGAAGAUAGGACCUUUGUUGAAUGUUAAGCCAAUCGCCACUGAGUUGGCUCAGAUCAAGGAGGCUCUUGUUUUUGGAUGCGUCUAUGAGAACGAAGAGUCGUGAAAGUCAGGCAACAUCACUUCCUACAAUUGACAUCGAAGGAAAUGCCAUCUUGGCAUCACAGAAACAAACGUUUGACUCGUUAAGCCAUAUUUUUUUUCACCCAGUGAUUGCAUUGGCAGAGGACAACUCUAAAUUUAAGGCUCCGAAAAGCCAUUGCACGGAGCACCAUUUGAACACACCGAACCGUGUUUCGUUUGUUUUCCUUUUUUCAGCAUGGUUUCAGCUCCUCUGGGCACGUCACGAAGCGAACCACUUCGGAAGCUUUUGGGUUGAAAGGUACACUUGCGGCGCUGCUGUUGUCCGCACAGGUGCGACCAGAGCUCGUGCAGCUGGAGGAGGCACUUGCACUCCUCAAGCGGCUUGCUUUGAUGGACACACCAGAAGCAGCCCGCUUGGCGCCGCAGUGGGCGACACUGCGGCAGUUGCACCGAAAAAGAAGCAAGGAAGCAACGUGUGGCUGUCUAUAAGUAUAGGGAUUCAGAAUGUUAGGAUUUUAUCAUUUUCA